UACAAACUGUUAACAUCAUUAUAGAACAGGGAAGAAUAGUCUGUCUGCCUGCACCUUCUCUUUGUUUUCGCGAUGUUGUAUUUGUCACUCACCUGUUUGCUGCUGUUGAAUGCAUGUGUGGUGUCUGGGACUGAGAUCACAUUUGAACUGCCUGACAAUGACAAGCAGUGUUUCUACGAGGAGCUGGAGAAAGACGUGAAGUUUGACAUAGACUUUCAAGUUAUUUCAGGGGGCAACUAUGAUGUGGACUGCUUCGUCACAGAUCCUCAUGACAAUGCCUUGUAUAAUGAGAAGAAGAAGCAGUAUGACAGCUUCUCUCACACCACAGCUAUGAAGGGAGUCUACAAGGUUUGCUUCAGCAAUGAAUUCUCCACUUUUACACACAAAGUAGUGUAUCUGGACUUCCGCCACGGGAAUGAGGAACCCAUUCUGGACAGCAUGAAAAGAAGCACAGCUCUGACUCAGUUGGAGUCGUCUUGCGUCGCCAUUCAUGAGAUCCUGAAGGUGGUGGCUGACUCGCAGACAUGGUACAGGCUGAGAGAGGCGCAGGAUCGCACAAAAGCAGAGCACCUGCUGGAGCGCGUCACCUACUGGUCCAUCGGAGAAACCGUCCUGUUGUUUGUCAUCGGCAUCGGUCAAGUCAUGAUGCUUAAGAGCUUCUUCUCUGACAAGAAAGGCUCUGUGGCAGCUACCACUUAAAAACCAAGGUCUCAGUGUGCCCUAAGAAACUCAAGUAGAAGCUUGCUAAUGUGAACACAUAUUAGCACAUAUUGUUAGUAUUUUCAUCAAAGCCAAUGGUAAAUGGAUAGAUCAAGGAGUUUUCACAUUCCUGUCGGGCAAAACUUGAAUUCAGUUUUUACACAAGUUGUUUUUGUUCAACAACUUUCUACUGAAAAGAAACACCACUCAUGUCUGUGUUUAAAAUGCAGUUGACAUCUUUCAGCCUUUAGAGACUUUAUUUUUAUAGAGGUGGAGGGCAUGUUUAUUUUGAUCUGCCUAUUAAGUAGCCUAGUUUCACUUAUAAAAGCAGCUUUGUGGAUUUCUGUCAUCUGUAGUGAAAGUAGUAUCACACAUAAAAACCAAAGAGGAAUUGUGUUUAAAUUUGAGUUUUAUUUGUUGUAUAGCAUCUGUUAUAUGUACUGUUACCUUAUUUUAUGUGUGCAAAAUCAUUAUGAGCUAUGAGAGCUCCGUUUCUCUCAUGUCUUGUCUGUUUCAUACGGAGUGGCUUAGGCAUUUGUUUUUUCCUCAUGCCAACCAAGUUGAAGUUUACUGUUUUAAUUUAAAUACAUAUAACCUGAUACAUAUACACGCAACUACUGUUUUUUUGUUUGUUUGUUGUUGUUGUUGUUUUGGAUUCUCAUUUAUAUGUUUUACAUUUUCUUCUCUGGAAAGUGACCAAGUAUCAACCAGAUAUCGUUUUUUGCACAAAUAGUUUCUUUGACAUUUCAAUUCGAUUUGAAGACAAAUUAUUAUAUAUUUUUUUUUAAAUACGGCUGUGUAGGUUCUCAGUCAUCCAGGUCAUGAUAGUCUCAAGCACUUGAGUGGAAGGUAACUGGAUGUCUUUUUUGGGUUCUUGAAGGUGUUUCUCACCUCUCAUCUUAGAGGCUUCUUCAGUUCUGACCAGAGCAUUUUCAGAUGAGAGGUGAAACAUCUUCAUUAAUCUGAAAGAGGGUUACUUUCAGCCAAUUAUGAGAGUAAUCAUGCCAGAAAGUUUUUAGACAUUGUCAAAUUAAAGUUUGGUACCGAGUGCUGUGAUGUUUUUUCAAAUCCAAUGAUACUCGAUGUUAUUUAAUUUUAAAAAUUUAGAGAUUAAGGAAACUAUAGAUUUUAAUUAAAGCUAUUCUAACAGUCUUUAAUACUUUAGGUCUCCACGUUUUCAGGAAGCUCCAUUGGAAACUCUAAUCCUAAUGUCCUGCCACAUUAAAAAUGUAUUUUGCUUAUUGCAGCUUGACUUGAAUAUUUGACUUUCACUGUGCAUAAUGCUAUAUAGAAAUGUGGCACAUUAAAGGAAAACCCAACACAAGGUGUCUCAGUAGGGUGUUUGGCCAUAAUGUGCCAUCCCCUGUGUGCUCUUUGGUAGUAAAUGUCCUGUGGAAGUUACUGCGAAAAUAAGUCAAAAGACAUAAGAUAUGAUUUACAUAGUUUUUCAAACUUAUCAAAUCAGUCAGUGAGCCUUCAUACUCUUUUUAUUGGGCAGCCGAUGUUGGGGGGGGGGCAGUAACAUCAGGAAAGAAGUGUUUAAGCAUGUA